AUGGACAGAUCCUACUUUGAAGACGCCUUCGGCAUUGUCCGCACCGUUCUGCAGAAGCGGAUAAACCACGCUGCCCAAAUCUCCCUUGCCAACGACAUCCUCUGCAUUGCCGCUGGGCUCAGGUCGGCGUCGUUGGUUGACCAAUUGUUCCUCAACGAGAACGAUGUCGAUAGAAUCCAAUCUAUGUUCCAUCAUUCUGCAAGAUACAACCACCUUGACCUGCUAGUCAUCGGUGACGACCAUGUCUUUAUCAUUCACCGCCAACUACUCCUUCAAGACAUCCGCGAUUACCUUUCAGGCGCCCCUGAAGGUAUUCAGCGCGUCUUCGUCAAUGUCGACUACCAUCUUGCGCAACCUGAAAUCAUGCCCGACAAUCGAUACAACGCCCUUGAAGAUUACAUCCGCAACAUUCUCCUGGUCGAUGUCCAGUAUCGGAUACAGAACUGGGACCAAGCCGAGUACAGCUAUCAGCCCCUGACUGUACCUGAUCGUCUGUCGUUGGUGACCUUGACAGGAUGGCUGCUGAGCUAUCCAAUCAACUAUGUCUUGCCAGGCCAAGGUCGCCGUUACAGCAGUGGCAGCACAGAUUCGAGCUCGACAUCUCCUCGCCACUACAAUGAAGACGAAGAAGAUGACGAGCAAGAUAACGGCCGUAAUUCACUUGCGAACCAAGUGCUGGUUGUCACCCGAAUCCAUCUGGAGCCCAAUGUCGAGAUCGAGGGCCUGCGGGAGCAUUGUCUACUGAGUUUCUCCUACCCAUCCGAGCUCGCAGAGAGAUUCAUGGAUCGCAACACGCCACCACCGUCUUCUCCAAUCUCACCAGCUGUCGAGCGGGGUGAAUAUGACUUUACGACUGGCGGCGGCGGCGGCGAUGAUGAUGAUGAUGCAAAGAAAACUGGCCGAUCGAUUCCAUUUGAGAACGGUAACAGCGAACUCUCACCACGACUACCCAGCUCAGAGUCGUUUGAUCAGAACCGACCUCUGCCCUUCAGCAACCCAGACAUUUGUGCAGCAGGCAGGUCAUUCUUGACACAGCUGCAUAGUCGCUUUUUGAAACAGACCAUCUGGAAGGGUUGGCAGGUUGGCCAACAGAACGUCGUCCUUCCCGUCGUUGCCAUGUAG